CAGAAAUGACUUUAGCCUAUAAUUAGCUUAUAUAUAUUUAUGAGCUAGGUCAACUGCUCAUCUCAUGAUAAUUUAUCAUUUCUUUGCACAGUCUGACAACCACCAGUCCUUUGCUGUGGUGUGACUUGCUUUUCUCCAAUGACUUGAAUGUUUAAGAUGCUGAACAGAGAAUGAAGCUGACUGUUACCAGUCUUUUAUUUAUCUAUUUUAAAAUAAAAUAUGCUGGCACAUUAAUCUACCUCUGCACAACUGGACAGGGUUUAGGUGACGUUUACUGUGGAGUGCACAGUGUGGACCAAACAAGGAUGGCAAUGCUAUUUCAGGCGCAGAGGUGGCUAACGUCACGGAGCCCGCCGCCUCAGGUGACGGCGCAGUGAAAUCCAUCAUCCUGUAAACAGGGGGCCAUGCGUGUUGCGCUGCGGCCACGCAGUGGUUGCCUGGUGCUCUGUCUGUGCCUGUCGGCGUUCACCUUGCUGCUUCAGAGCCUCUGGGUGCCACUUGAGAUGACCAAGGAUGAACCUGCUGGGAGGUCACCUGAGGAGCAGGGUCGGCGUGGUCUUGGCUUCCGAAGGUUGUCUCUCCGCUUGGAGGCUUUGAGCACUCAGGUGCAGAGGCUGAGCAGAGGGAAAGAUGUCACCCAGCUGACCAGAGAUGAUCUCAGUCUGUUGCUGCAGAGCUUUAGACAGGACCAGCACGGCCUGGCCCGCUUGGAGAAGGAGCUUCUGAUAGUGUCCCAGAAGCUGGAUCAGCUCGGCCGUAAUCACCACCAUCCCCAUCGGCCUCAUACUCCGCCACCACACGAUGACCUCGGAGCGCACAUAGGGCCCAACGAGUGUGAGGUGCCAAUGGAUACGGCGUAUCCGGUUUGUGCUGAAAAAGUGGAGUUCCUGCAGGCACGUUGGCAGUCAGACCCCUGCUAUGCCUUCUACGGGGUGGAUGGUACCACCUGCUCCAUAUUGACUUACCUCAGCCUAAUAGAGGACUUUUGUCCUCCACGCCUUGGAAGGAACCACUCUGCGCUGCCGUGGCACAAGAAACUUCCCUCCUAUACAGAGAAGGCGGAGAUACGGACGUCUCUGAGCCAGCUGUUUGAGGACAUCGGCAACAACAGUGGUCCUGCAUUAAACUUCAUCCGGUCCAGAGUGGAGAGGAUGUCUGAACAGUGGAUACAGGCUGGUGGAAGGCUGAUGCGGAGCAGCAACAAGACGCUGUCGAGCCAGAUGAGGGUGCUGCUCUAUCCGGGUGCCCUGGCUGGGAGUGCCGGUCAGCGUUUUGAAGCCAUGGUGGAACGAGGGGGGCCUCUGGGCGAGCUGGUCCAGUGGGCUGACCUCAGUGCUUGUCUGACAAUCCUGGGCCACAAUCUCACCCUCAGCACCUCACAGCGCCAACUCCACAGCCUGAUAGGUGCGGCUCCUGGCCGAGGCAGUUGUCCAAUCCAGUGGCCGCUGACCUUUGACCUCAUCUAUACCGACUACCAUGGCCUCGCUCACCUUCAAGGAGCCAUGGGACUGGCUUUCCAGCAUUACCAGUGCCGCUUCAGAAUCCUGGACUCUUUCGGCACUGAACCCGCAUUCAACUUGGAGAGUUAUGCGAAUAGCCACGGAUACAAAACAUUGUGGGGCAGAUGGGGUCUCCAGCCUCUGCAGUACAUGACCAUGUUCCCUCACACUCCUGACAACUCCUUCCUGGGCUUUGUGAGCAAGGAGGCAGAGAGGACGGAGGUGAGAGAGGAGGAGCUGGAGCCAGAGACCGACGGGACAGACAGGAUAGCAGUUGUCUAUGGCAAACAGGACUACAUGUGGCAGGGUAAAUCUGAGUAUGUGGAGGUGAUAAGUGAGCAGCUGGAGACCCAUGCCACAGUCUACCAGCCUCCGGGACACACCUCCAAUCUGCCCAGCUUCAUCACAAACCACGGCCUGCUGACUCAGGAACACUUCCUCCGCCUUCUGGGCAGAGCCAAGGUGUUUGUAGGUCUUGGUUUCCCAUAUGAGGGUCCUGCUCCUAUCGAGGCAAUAGCUCUGGGCUGUGUCUUCCUUCAACCACGAUUCGACCCGCCACACUCAUCAGUCAACAAUGACUUCUACAAGGGCAAACCUACGUCAAGACAGAUCUCCUCCCAGCACCCUUAUGCUGAAGAGUUCAUCGGUCGACCUCAUGUGUGGACUGUGGACAUGGCCAACAGGACAGACGUACGGGAGGCACUCAAAGCUAUUCUAAGCACAGAGGUGAAGCCUUUCGCCCCCCGAGAGUUGACCUGUGAGGGGAUGCUGGAGCGGCUCCAUGGUUAUAUCACGCACCAGAACUUCUGCAGUAAAUCUGUCCCCACAUGGCCGCCGGAGAGCGCGCUGAGGGCGCACCUGGGUCCCCUGGGCCAGUCCUGUGCCGGUGUGUGUCGACGCUCCUCCCUGGUGUGUGAGCCCGCUCUGUUUCACCACCUCAACAGUCCGUCUGCAUUUACCAGGCUCGGACUAGGCUGCUCCAGCAUGGGGCAGGAGGUCAACCACCUGUUUCCUGCCUACAGCCCUUGGGGUCGACACUGUGGCCUCCAGCAGGAGCCUCUACUGUUCAGUUGCGCUGGCUCUGACCCUUCCCACCGCAGACUGUGUCCCUGUAGGCCUCACCUACCUGGACAGGUGGCACUGUGCCCUGACUGCAUCUGAACAACGCACUGUGGAAGAACUCAGGAAAUGGCUGGGAGAAGAGAAGAGGAAAGGAGAGUAUGACUAAGACUGCACCAAAGAGCCCUGCAGUGCAUAUUGUAUAAGUAAAGAAUUGACCUCAACCAAAGAAACAGAAAGCUGUCCUGCCAACGCCACUGAAAGUUGUGUGGUCUUGUUGUCCUGCAGAGGCUGAAAAUGGAGUAUGGAGCAUUUUAUUAUUAUGCGCAUAUUAGUUGUGAGUUGAAACUCUGCAAUUUUCUGGGCCCCACUAAUAUGAAGGAAUGCUCUCAGUCAGCGCCACUGACAUUUAGACUUCUUAUAACAUCACAAACAAAUCAAGCAGUCGCUGACAGAAGUGAUGAACGAUAUUUAAAAUAAUGCGAGAGGGGUUGUGCCAGGUUAUUAUUAUUAUCUGCGUCAUUUAAAUUUCUGUGGAUAAAACUUUUCCAGUUCAAUUGUUUGGACAAGAUUUUGUUGCGUUUUGCUCUUGUAAUGACAGUCAUUACUCAGGAACCAAAAAAAUGAAAGACUGUCAUUUAUUUCAUAAGCUAUUGAAAUGUUAAGGAUAAUGAAUCCAAGGCCUGGCGUUCUACGGUGUCUAAUAAAAUCCCUCUCGUUGUUGUUGUAGCUCGGGAAGUGGGAAGCAGCACCAAAGACUUUAAAAUUCUUAGUGUAAAUUCAUCUUGUGGUCCAAAUCACAUACGCAGCACAGCCACUUCAAUGUUACGCUAAAAAAGUAUGUAGUCAGUCAUUCGUUUACAGUAAUGUAUCGGAGUGGCCAGUGUUGCAUGGGAUUACUGCUCAUGUAACCCGUCAAGGUAUCGCUGGUUGCAGAUAUUAGUCUGGGCCUCAGAGGAGAGAGGCUGACAGCCUAAGUGAUGAGGCUCAUUAUCUGAGUGAAUCAUGGAUAACCUUUGGAUGCCCUUGGGAGGUCACAGCCAUAUGACGAUGAUUAUACUGUCAUACACACCGAUGGUUCCCAACAGUCUCUGACUUAGGAAACCCCCCUCAGCUCUGCCUCAAGCCGUGCCCCCCACCAGUAUAGGCAGAACUCAUGUUUUGUCUUUCAAACACAUAUUUUGCAUCAUUUAGAUGGCAAUGAAGGCAAGAUUAAUUAUGUUGUCUUAAGUUAUUUUACCAAACAUUACAUUUUGAAAAUGAUUUUGAUCACAAGAGAUGACUCAUUUUGCCCAGAGCUAUUGCAUUUUCUCCAAAAUUAUUCCCUGACUGCUUGAUGAACUUCAGAUAUGUAGACCCCCCUCCCCUAAGGGCAUUUUGCACACCAGGUUGAUGGGAGCAAACAUGGAAACUUUCACAGUGCAAACCGUGAUUUUGAAAAGUUUAACAGUUGAAUAUUUUCACGUCAGAGGACUCACACACAGGCUUUCCCCCUCAUCUGUCCCUGCUAACAGCUUGUGAAAUAUACAAACGAUAACAACUAAAGGCCACACCGCAGCCCACGAUCGGUGUUGUAAGUGCUACACGUAUACGGCACAGCUGUUAGCAAAGACGGCCCCACCAACGGCAACGAGCUGCUUUUUUAAAAAACUGGAUCGAUGUGAGGUUUUUCUUGGAAGCAACACACUCAUGAAUGUUAAUUGGCAGAAAGCGACCUUUUGCUGCAUCGAUACACUCCAUGUGAGCAGGACAUACUGUCGCUCAGGGAUCAGACCGCUCAGGGCUGCGACAACAGACCUGGUUGACUGUGUGAUUGACUGGUAAAUGGUCCACGAGAACAAUCUUUUUAAUUUUAGGUGAAUUCAUUUGGCCGUGUCAAAUGGGACAUUUGCUUAAUUAGGCGAGCAGUCCAC